GAAAAGGGUAUCAUGCAUCUCCUAUGCUGUUGCUGUCUCCCUCCCUCAAUGGCGGCUAGUCGCAGAGCUCUGAACAGGUUUUCUAGCUUUAUGCUCCUUUUAAUGGUGGUUUUCAUGCCUAUUGUCCACACUUCCCGCACCGGAUUCCCAGGAGGAAGAAGAGCAGUUGCAGAACAAAGGGUCACAGUCGCUCAGGAGCUUGAGAGGAACUUGUCGAUGGAGGGAUCUUUUGGAAAUGGAGGAGCCAAUUUCAGUGUGGAACAGAGGGAAGUUCCAACUGGACCAGACCCUCUUCACCAUAACAACAACCCCACAGGACCUUGAUGACGAGCUCUGUAAAAAUGGUGCAUGGCAUAUCUCACCCUACUUCCUCCCUAACCAGUUUUCUUAUUUGUUCUUAGUUAUUUAGCCAUAGAUUUUAGGUAUGGUCCCAAGGCUUUGUCAAUGUACAGAGGUAGCAGUUUAAUGAAGGAUUUUCAAGUAUCUUACUAUGAAAACUUAUUAUCUCCUUUUUUUUUUUUAAUGUUCAAAAAUAUAUUUUAUCUUAGUUCCUGUUUAUGGUUAAGGAUCACUUUAAUUUCAUUAAUUUUGCCUGAAUGCUGAGGAGUCCUAUAGGUGCUUCCGCUAAUUUGUGACAGAACACAAUGAAAAUGCUUCAGUAUGUGUUUUUAAUUGCAUGCUUAAAGGAUCAGUGACUAUAUAUAUAUAUGUAUGUAAAUGCCGCCUGCAAAUUAAGUUGAUUCUGAGUUGCUUUUCUCUUCUGUUGGAAAAAUGCCUUUUGUGCUUUUGACUUUUGAGUAUGGCAGGCUUGAUUCUAAGCUUUGAAAGUAGCUUUUGUGCUAAUGUAAACAUGAGAUAAUUUCUUUGCUUCAUAUUGAAGCAUUGAGGGUAGCUUGUUAUGUAAAAGUCAGAAUAGCCUUUUUAAUUAAAAAUGUCAUUUAUUU